UUUGAUGGACAAAAGCAAAUUAGAUAAUAAUAACAAGGUACUUGUCGUAAUCAGUUAAAUAUCCGCGUGGUUUGUUAAUUUUGUUAAAUAAAUUGUAACUUUUGUAUGUUAGUACGUUUUAUAAACAUAAAUUUUAAACUUUUAUCAAACAAUAUUGAGAUUUCUAAUCACUGUAGUUGAUUAAAAAAAAAAAAACGGUUUAUCUAUGCUUGAUAAAUAUAGCUGCUCAUAAUUUACUAUACUAUUAGGAUGACAACAAGUCGAAAGACCAAGUACUUCAAACUGUCUCAAAAUAUGAAAUUUGGUCCUCAUAAUAUCAGAUUUUUAUCUGAAUGACGCUUAGCAGGGACCAGGUUCUGUCUGGACGGUGAGUUCAAUAAUGGAAAAACUAAAUCUAUUAUGAAAAUAUUAAGUAGGAGGUAUGGUCCGAGGUCAUGUGGCUUUGUGCAUAGCGACGCUCGCGACGUUUGUGCGGUCAGGCGCAGCGGGCAUUCUCGAAUGGGGACGAUCCAACCACAUAGAGGUCAACAUACCCUGGUUACCAUUUGAAAACGAAACAAGAUGUUACGACGAACUAGGGUGUUUAAAUAUAACCCGAGAUUGGUAUCAUCUUAUAUAUCGGCCAUUCAAUGUGUUUCCAUUAGCGAGACAAGUCAUCGACACACGAUUUAUAUUGUACACGAGAAAAAAUCCAUUACAAGGUCAAAUGCUGAAAGUACAAUCGGAGAAAACAAUACAGAAAUCCAAUUUUGAUCCCAAAAAACCUACAAAAUUUAUUAUACAUGGUUUUAUAGACACGCCUCUGAGCAAUUGGGUCAAGGAAAUGAGGAGAGAACUUCUGAAACAUUCUGAUUGGAAUGUAAUUGUAGUGGACUGGGCUGGCGGAUCGUUGCCUUUAUACACGCAGGCAACAGCCAACACGAGGCUAGUGGGACUAGAAAUCGCCUAUUUCAUCAACUAUUUAAAAGAUAACGUGGGGUUAAAUCCGAAACAUGUUCAUCUGAUAGGACACAGUCUGGGCGCUCACACUGCUGGGUACGCCGGAGAACGGAUCGAAGGGUUAGGACGAAUUACAGGACUAGAUCCUGCCGAACCAUAUUUCCAAGGAAUGCCUUCACACUCCAGAUUGGAUCCUUCCGAUGCGCAACUUGUGGAUGUUAUACACACCGACGGGUCUUCCAUAUUUCUAUUGGGAUACGGGAUGAGUGAACCUUGUGGCCACAUAGACUUUUAUCCGAACAAUGGUAAAGAACAGCCUGGUUGUGAUCUAACAGAAACUCCAUUACCGUUAACUCUCAUCAAAGAGGGAAUUGAAGAAGCAAGUCGUGUUUUAGUUGCUUGUAAUCACGUAAGAGCUAUAAAACUGUUCAUUGAGUCUAUAAAUUCGAAAUGUCCGUACGUCGCACACAAAUGCAACUCGUAUCAAAACUUCUUACAGGGUAAAUGCUUCUCAUGUAAAGAGAAUGAUACAGGAUGUGCCAUAAUGGGCUUAAAUACAGUAAGACCAAACCAUGCCCCAGGUUCCAAGUAUUUCAUAUCUACUGGGAAAGAUACACCAUAUUGUAGACGACAAUACAAGGUCAUGUUAGAUUUAGCCAAGCCACCUAGGGCAGAGUCCUGGGUUCAAGGUUUUAUGAAAGUGUCGUUACAUAGUGACAACGGAGUUAUCAGAAACCUAGAUUUAACCCCUAAUGGUUAUGAACGUAUGGAGCACGGUACUAGCCGGAGCUUUGUGGUCACCCAUCCGGAUGACAUAGGACAAGUGAAACGAGUAGAGUUCUACUGGGAGUAUGACAUGGACGUGCUACAACCCAGGUCCAUAUGUUUCUUUUGGUGCAACGACCAUCUGUACGUGUCUAGUAUCGGUGUCACAGAGGCCGAAGAUGACGGAAACAGAGGUAAAAGAGGCAUCCAAGUGGAUACUAAGUUGUGCAGCCAGGGUCCUAGAGAGUAUGCUGAUAUUGCUUCUAGGACUUCAGCCGUGUUCGUCGACAAAUGCGAUGACCAAGAACUUCUAAACUAAUGAAAUAGUUUAUGUAUAUAGCACAAAUAUUAUAUCAUUAUGAUUGGUUAAAUGUACAUAAGUUAUAUAAAUGUAUAAUGCAUUAUCGUGUGCACUUU